AAAUCUAGGUACCGAAUGACGUUACGUGAAUAUGUACUUACGUGUAAAAGAAAUUUCUGGAUUGGAAGAGUGAUGUUUGGGCAACUCUUAGAAGCGAUAGUGUAUUUAUACGAUCGACGAAUAAGUCAUCGUGAUAUUAAAUCUGAUAAUAUUUUACUGGAUUUUGAUACUGAAGGUAGGUUUUUUAAAAUUUUAAGCUCAAUACGCUGCGCUCGGCCCGAUCCCGAUCACUGGGUGGAUUUCCGGAUGGCCGAUUUAUGGGCAGCGGCAACUAUCGGAUAUGAAAUAUUUACGAGAAUUAAUCCGUUCUAUAGUCGAAUGCGAAGUGACCAGUAUGCAGAAUUUGAGCUGCCUUCAUUACCAAAGAAAGUGCAUUAUGCAAGGCCAAAUCCACAUGUUGCGGCAAAUGUUCUCAGCAUAUCACUGUUCCGUUUUGGUGAUGAUUUGCGCAAGUUCUUCUACAGCUCAGGCUUCGAUGAAACUCUUUUUGGCAAACCAAUUAUUGAUUUGACUCGUGCUUCAAGCAGAACCUUAAAAAUGCUCGGGCAAAAGAUGAUUGCUGCUCUCAAUGGUUUUACGAUGUUGUUUGCGGCAGAAACCAUACUGGCUCGGAAUAUCCAUCCAAGGACGAUAAGCGCUGCGGAAUUACAGUUACGAGCCACAUUUCUGUCACGUUUGGAUCAAGAGCAUAUCUGGUCAGCACUGAACUAUUUCUCUCCGGAUAACGAGGAACCACCGCCGAGCAAAGUUUAUCGUUCCGAUAAAAUUACGAACACAAUGCUUGCACCAAAUGAUUUCCCAUCGUCCGUUAACACUCUUAUCACCGCCAACAACCUUAUCAUUUGUUAA